GUGAAUUCCACGUCAAGCGCCAUUUUUUGUUGCCGUCGAUAUCGAUGUCGAAUCCGUUGGGUGUCGCCGGCUAUGGGUCGGACUCGUCCGACAGCGAGACUGAGAAGGACCAGAUUGACAGUGAUGUGCCACUACCAACUGCUGAGAGUACUGGCGCUGAAGUAUCGAGUGAAGCAUUCAAGGCGGGUCCUCCCGGAGUCACCAAUCUUGUACCUCCUACCUACGAGGAUGGCAGUCCAGACGUACCGGCGCUUCCAGAUUUGCCAGACUUGCCACGAGCACGCUGCGAUCCUACACUUCAAGCCAAGAUCAACAAGUACCUCGAGCACAAAGAGCGCGGAAUGAGCUUCAUCGAGAGCUUGCGCAACAAAAAGGAGUUCGACAACCCUUACAUUCUGGCCAAAGUCGUCGAGUACUUCAGCAUUGAAGAGAUGCAAACCAAUUUUCCCAAAGAUGUGUUCGACCCAUACGGCUACGACUUGGGCGAUUACAUGGAGAAACUGAGCAUGGAAGUCCAGAAGGAACAAGAGCGCCGUGGCAUGCUCGUUCAACAAAACCCAUCACUUCGGUGGACGCAGCCCAGUCUGCUGUCAUAGCCCCCAUCGAUACACAACUAAUUUCACUAUUCUUCACCUUGAUGGGAGUCCCCGCCAUCGGCCAGGCCAAGGUCAUCGACCGUGUUACCGCCCUUCCCCAGGCCCUUGCAGUAUCCUCGUUGGUUUUGGAGAUGCAGGGCUUCCAGCACUGGAAUGAUCUCAUCCGUAACGUGUCGUUGC